AUGGCGCAGAAAAUAACCAGUGCCGCCAUGCUGGACGGCGAGGCGUCGACGCGGCUGGAGAAGGACCGUCGCUUCACGUGGCAACAGAGGACGAAGAACCCACAGAAAUGCUGCGCCGUCGUGUGUGGCGUCCGCAGUCUUGGGGAUCCUCGAAGUUCCUACACAACCCGCCCCAUGCAGCUCCACGACAUGUAUCCCCCUCUUUUUUUUUGCCUUUUUAUCAUAACUUGCUUUGCUGCUCCGCCCCGGGCAGGCGAUGCUCGGAAGGGACCUCGCCGGGCCCAUCGUCCCCCGUCGCAGGACGAGCUUAAACGCGCAAAUGGAUCCGUUUAA